UCAAUUGGGACCUGGAUCGAAGCGGUAUAUAUAAGCGGCGUCGGGGAGGGACGGUGUCACUCCAUUGUGCACCCGCGGUUGGACAGACCGAGCAAAAACACAGCAGUCGCUUCGCAGCAGCGUGAAAGCACAGCAAAAAUGCUCGCUAAGCUCGUUUUCCUGGCGGUCGUCGCCUGUGCCAUGUCCCAAGUGCUGGUCUACCCAGGCGGAGGCGGAUACGUUGAGCCCCCGCAGCCCUACCACUUCAGCUACGACAGCGUGAACCCGGUGGAGGGCGCCCACCACUACCACGAGGAGACCAGCGACGCCACCAACUCGCGUACGGGCUCGUACGGCUACACGGAUGCCAACGGCAUCACGCGCCGCGUCGACUACGUCGCCGAUGCCGGAGGAUUCCGUGCCACCGUUACCACGAACGAGCCCGGAACCGCCUGCCAGCGCCCCGGCUGACGUGCACUACAAUUCGCCCUACUCCCACUAAAACGGGCUGAGGCCGCACACUUAACAGUAUGCAUGUUGGCUAGCCACACACAGUCGAGGGGGCGUGUUGUCAUUUCGAACGCCUGCUACUUUACCCUGCUUCUCUGCUUGAAACAACGGUAGAAAACCUUUGCCGAAUUACCAUUCCACACAGAUCUCAAAAAGGGAGUGUCUUUUCUUGCUUGGUUCACGCGAAAAUUUGUAAAUGGACAGAUGAAUUUAGUUCGUUGCAUCUCUCACCAGGUAAACGCAUUCUUUCUUUAGCGUCAUCAUCUUUUUUAAGCAGGCAAA